UUGUCGCAAUUCAAAAAAGCUUCCCCGGCCAUGAAAACCAUUCUUCGAACGGGGGACAUCGCCGUUGAAUACCUGGACUCCGAGCCAGCGGCUGUUCCCAAUCGUUGGCGAGUGUCCAGCAAUGACCUCAUGCGCAAUAGCCCCUACUUCAGGGCUCUGCUGGACCCGAACAAGUUCGCCGAAGGCAGGGAUUUCAUGAAUCAGAAGAUCCAGAGACAGCGUCUGCCCUCCCAAUCAGCGCCUGAAGGCCUCUCUCCCGACGACGACAACGACCCGGCUUUUAUCGCCGAUGAGUUACCGGUCGUCAGACUUCCAAGCGAUCAUUUCACCUCUCGGCUCGGGACGGAUGCGAUUGAGCUCUUCCUCGAAGUUCUGUCCUUCGACUCAUAUGACGACGAGCACCAGAGGUUGUUUGGCGCCAGACUCAGAGUGCAGCCUGUAUCCCUUGUCACAAGACUCGUGGAACUCGCCGACGCGUUCAACUCUCCGGAAGCUGUCCAGAAGGUUUUAAGGCAGUUACCUUAUGCUUUUGGACGAGGAAAGAUCCCGCUCACCAAGUUCGAUGCCGCAUUACUGCUAAAACUUCCGGAGGACCAGAUCCGCCAAACGAUCUUUGUAGCUCGGUUUCUGGAUCAACACGCCAUUGUCCAGGUCUACACCCAUGCUUUGGUAGUGCUCGGGUCGAGAUACUGGGCGAACGGCGUCGUUGAAACCCCGGAUACCCCCACGCUCCCCUGGCGAUACCUCACCGGAGGCAUAGAAGAGGAACUCUACUUCCGCCGCCAAUGUGUCCUCAACACAAUCACCGACCUACAAGCCCACUUCCUCCGCGCCUACGGCGCUCUCGAAGAACCCACCGACGAACCCUAUGGCAGCACAGCAUCAACACCAGCAUCCACGCCCACAUCCACCAGCAGCACCGCAACAGCAACAGCCACCCCACAACCCAGACCCCCAUUCUCCCUCCCCGCCACCUCCACCACCCUCCACCCGCGCCACUUCCAAUGCCGCUACGGCUUCGCCAACUCCAGCGCCUGCGACGCCUUCCACCUCGGGCAAAUGACGCGCUUCUUCUCCCUGCGCGCCAAGACCAUCUUCUUAGGCUCAACCCUCAUCGACGACCCGGACUUUCUUUCGUUGCUGGACGAGGAGAAUGGGAAGGAGGAAGGGGAGGAGGAGGAGGAGAAGGAUGACGCUGCGAGGGACGAUCAAUCUCCCAACAGAACGAACAUCGUCGCCCUCCUCGCCGCCCUCAAACAAUGCCCCGAUUACCAGAUCGACUCUAAUCACACCGGCUGCGGGAUUCGUCGUCGCUUCCUUCCGCCGUUGGACUGUAUUGAGCGGUUCGUUGGUGACGCGCGCGGGUUGUUAGGGGUGGCAGUGGGAGAUAGCUGCUCUCCUAAAAGUAGUAGAAGUUCAGGCUCGAGGUGGCCCUGGGGAAUGUCCGAGUCCUGGGCGAAUCGCUUCCGUCCCCGCGCGUUGGUCUUGGAUGUGCAUCUGUCGCGCGUUAAUGCUGUUCCUGUCUGGUCGAAACCGCGGGCUUCUGCUAAUGGUGGUGGUUGUGGUGGCGGCGGCCGGAUAAGCAGCUCGCAGGAGGAGAAUGCGCGGUUGUUGUUUACGGCAAGGAGGAGAAAUUGGGAGGCUUAA